AAAGCUCAUCUGACAAUUUAAGACUAGUAGAACUUCAUUUGCCAGACGUUCCUGAACUUCCUUCAUGCUAUCACACAACAACGAAACUUCAAACUACCACCCCAUCUCAUGUCAACCCUCGAGAACUGAUUAAUUAUUGAUCCAAUACCAAGGCCUGUAGCGGAAACCCCUAUUUGGAAGCAGAAGACACUUAAGCUCAAUCUCGGUGGCAUUCUUCACGCAACUUCUCACUGACGACGUCAUACAAAAAAGUUGUACCUCAAAUCAGCAGGUACUUGUUCAAAUGGAAGGAGAAGAAGAGCACAAUGUUGAGCGAGUUUCAUCAAUAGAUUCUAUACCUGAAAGUGGAGAGGCUACCGGAGAAAGUUCAGCCAAGCGAAUUAGGAAGCAAACAUCAAUUGCUUGGGAUGGUUUUGAUACUAUAGCAAUGACUGCUGAUGGAAGGAAAAAAGUAAAGUGUAAAUGGUGUGCACAAACAUAUUUAUUAAAAGUGGAUCAAUCCUGACCGGUGUUCUUGCAAUAUUUAUUGAGAGGGAAUUGUCUUCAUGGAUGAUUGGAUGGGAUUGUAGACUCCUAGUUGUUGCUUAUUUGGGAAUUGUCAGUUGUGGGCCAUGUGUGGUUACAGUUUUCUGGAGCUCAAUGAUGAAAGGCCCUUUGUUCGUGUCUUCUUUCACUCAUUUGGGACUAGUAUUCACUGCCCUUGCUGGAUCCCUCUUUCUAAAAGAGGAGCUGUGUUUGGGAAGCUUGAUAGGAUCCAUUAUCAUCACAAUAGGCCUUUGCCUUGUGAUCUGGGGAAAAGGCAAGGAGGCAACUACAUCUCAAGAUGGAGAAACUGGAAGCAGGAGGGAUGAAGUAACUGAUGGUAGCGAGGCUAGAAUAUACCAAAAUGAUUUUUUCUUCGGGGCACAUUGUGUGGUUAUACUUGGGCUGGUCUGCUACAAGGAUGCCAUGCCUUAGUUUUGGAGGAGAAGAAUUAAUGGUGAGAAGUCCCACUUUGGGAAGAGCA